AUGAUCUUUGGUCGCAGUUCCUCUGGCAGUCGGAAAGGCGCGUUGGCGGCUCCCCUCUUGGGCUGAGCGUAGUAUGUGAGGAGACGUCGUGCUUCUGACUCGUUUGGAAGCUGUAUUUUCUAUCUUCCAGGAGCAUUUUGGGAGUAACGACACACAUCAGGUGUUUCUCUCUCCAUGUCUGCUUAUGCACAUAGGACUUUGAGUGAGGAGUGCCUGUCCAUCACUGUGAGUUUGGAUGUUCUAGGCUCAGUCUGCACACCCGUCCUGUGGCUGUAGGCACCUCACAGCAGAACCAUGAGCACAGCCAAGACCAGCGGCCUCAAAGCUCCCAGCAAGAUCGCCCGGCCAGGAGCGGGGGCACCCAAGACAGCUCCAGCAGGAGGAGCCAAAGCAGCGAUAGACAAAUCAGCAAGUGUCAGUGCAGAAGAUGGAGGAGCUUCCGAAGAGAACUUCCAGGUUGGGGAGCGAGUAUGGGUGAACGGGAACAAGCCGGGCUACAUCCAGUUUCUAGGAGACACCCAGUUUGCCCCGGGACAGUGGGCGGGCAUAGUCCUGGAUGAGCCAAUUGGUAAGAAUGAUGGCUCGGUGGCGGGGGUGCGCUACUUCCAGUGUGAAGCCCUGAGAGGAAUCUUCACCCGCCCUUCCAAGCUGUCACGCACCGAGGGAGAGGCUAACGGGACCCAAACGGCACCCCCCUCCCGGGCCUCCUCUCCCACCCCCUCUUCGGGCAGUGUGGUGCCCCAAACCCCUGUGCCCAAAUCCUCUCAGGCCUCUGCCCCUGUGAAGAAGACCACUCCACCAGCAGCAGCUAGCUCCAACCUGGCCCAUACCAACAGUGAAUCUGUGUCUAACCUGACCGAGUCUGGCUCAGUCAAGAAAGGGGAGAGGGAGCUGAAGAUGGGUGACCGUGUGCUGGUCGGCGGUACAAAGGCUGGAGUGGUGCGCUUCCUUGGAGAGACAGAUUUUGCCAAAGGAGAGUGGUGUGGUGUGGAGCUCGAUGAACCUUUAGGCAAAAAUGACGGGGCAGUGGCUGGCACCAGGUAUUUCCAGUGCCAGCUUAAGUACGGCCUGUUCGCCCCAGUCCACAAAGUCACGCGCAUCGGCUUCCCCUCCACCACACCGGCCAAAGCAAAGACCACAGCACGCAAGACUCCCAGUACCACUCCAUCGGGCCUGAAGCGCAGCCCCAGUGCCUCCUCCAUCAGCACGAUGAGCUCUGUGACGUCUGCAGCCAGCGCCAAACCCAGCCGCACCGGCCUGCUGACGGAGACCUCAUCCAGGUACAACCGUAAGAUCUCAGGCCCCACAGCGCUGCAGGAGGCUCUGAAGGAGAAGCAGCAGCACAUUGAGCAGCUGAUGGCAGAGAGGGACCUGGAGAGAGCUGAAGUGGCCCGAGCUACGAGCCAGGCUGGAGAAAUGGAGCAAGAACUCACUCUGCUCAGGGACGACCGCGACGAGAUGGAGACAAAGAUGGAUCAGUUACGUGCCUUGGUAGAAGCAGCGGACAAAGACAAAGUAGAGCUGCUCAACCAGUUGGAGGAGGAACGCAGAAAAGUGGAGGACCUUCAGUUCCGUGUAGAAGAAGCUUGCAUCACCAAAGGAGACUUGGAGACGCAGACCAGGCUGGAGCAUGCCCGCAUUAUGGAGCUUGAACAGGCGCUGCUCAUUGAAAAGACCAAAGCUGAGAAACUCCAAAGAGAGUUAGAAGACACUAGGGUUGCGACAGUUUCCGAGAGGUCUCGUAUUCUAGAACUAGAGAAGGAGCUCUCUGUGCGCACCAGAGAGGUGUCUGACCUGCAGUUGCGUCUGUCCAGCCAGCAGGACUCGGGAGACCAGAGUUUCAGUACAGCCCCACUUCUACAAGAAAUUAGCACUUUGAGACAUCAAUUAGCAUCCCAGGAAUCUAAACAGCACCAAGAGCUAAAGGGCUACCAGGAGCGGCUGGAGGCACAGCAGAAGGUUGCUGUUCAACUUCAGAGCACAUGUACACAGCUCUCCAGUGAGAAGGACCAGCUUCAGGUGCGCCUGAACCACAUGGAGCGAGAGCACUCUGACACACUGGAGCUGUGGAGGUCUAAACUGGAGUCUGCUGUAUCAUCUCACCAGCAAUCCAUGGAGGAGCUAAAAAUGUCUUUCAGCAAAGGCACAGAUAUGCAGACAGCCGAGCUCAUUGAAACCAAAAGUGUACUAGAAGAGCUCAAGCUAGAGCAUAAGAGUUUUAGAGAGGAACAUGACGCCAAAUUUAAAAAGGAAGUGUCCACACGGACUCAGGAAAUCCAGUCUCUGAAGGCGCAGCUCUCAGCUGUGAGUGAGGAGAAGGAGAGGCUAGAGGAGAGUCUGAAGACCUGCAUGGAGAAGGCAGAGGAGCAGCACCUUGUGGAAAUGGAGGAGGUCCUGGCCAAACUUCACACCGCAGAGGUGAGGCUGAAGGAGCUCAAGGAAAGAGAGGCUAAGCUCAUACAAGAGGCUCAAGACAAGGAGCGAGAAACCAAAGAGAAGAUGGCAGCCCAACUGGAAGCUCUGCGCAGCCAACAAGCACAAAACACAGAGGAGCUGAGCAGUGUGAGGAAGAAGCUACUGGACGCUCAAAGCCAGCAGGGGGCCAAGGUAGGUGAGCUGGGCUCUCUUCUGGAAGCCAAGGAGAAGGAGGCCCUCUCUCUCCAACAGAGUGUGAGCAUGCUACAGCAUCAGAGGGAUGACCUUGAACAGGAGCUUGGAGACCUAAAACAGAAAAUUUACAAUAUCACAGAGGAACACACCAAAUCCCUAAAAACUAUGCAAAAAACGAGUGAAGAACUGAGCGUGAAGGGGGAGCAGCUCACCGCACUCACUGCACAAACUGAAGCACUUAAAGUUCAACUUACAGGUUUGGAGAGAAAGCUGAAGACUGCAGAUGAAAAGGUUGAGCAGCUAACACAGGACAAGAGUAAACUGGAAAAGGACAUCUCUGACAUGAUGAAGGAGUCUGGAGACAGCUCAGCACAGCUUACCAAGAUGAACCAAGACCGCAUGCACAAAGAAAGGAGGCUAGAGGAGCUACAGAGCCUUCUGGCUGAAGAGAAGGAGAAAGUGGCUCAGAUGAAUGAAAAGCUCCAGGAGAACGAAGCCCAGAAAGAACAACAGCUGACUCAGACCAGAGACACACACCAGGGAGAGAUAAGUCGACUCCAAGAGAAGAUCACCAUGCUGGAGAAGUCUGUCACAGAUGGAGCUGCUCUUUUGGAGGAGCUGAAGGCGUCCCAUCAGAAGGCCUCAGAGCUUCACAGACAGGAGCAGGAACAGAAGGUGCAGGCUCAGGUCCAGCACCUGGAGCAGGAGCUGGGCCUGUCUCGACAGAAGGAGGAGGAGCUGCAGAGGCUAGUGACAGAGCUGCAGGUGUACAAGCAGCAGGCACAAUGUCUUUCUGCUGAGCUCCAAUCUACCAAGCAUGACCUUGAGAGCUUUUGCCAACAAGUGGAUAAGCAAAGGUUAGAUCAGGAGCUCAUUCAGAAGGAAUGUGAGGCUGAGAAGUUAAAACUACAGGGGGAGCUUUCAGAAGUCCAGACUAAACUUGCCAGCAUCGAAAGUAGUUACAGGCAACUGGAGGAGCAGCAUGAACAACUCCACAUGGCUAAUGAAGAACUUUCAAAACGCCAAGAGGAGCUGCAAAUGCAAGGCAAAUGUUCAGAAGAACAUUUGCAGAUGGUCACACGUGAUCUCGAAGUUGCACGAGCAGAAAGCAAAGAACUCAAAGAGGUCUACAAUGAACAGUUAGCCAAAAUGCAGGAGCUCGAGAAGCAGAAUGCAGAGAAGCAAGAUCUUGUUCUAAAGCACCAACAGGAGAUUGAGCAACUUCAGGCUCAGAAGAAGCAACUGCAUGUCGAUUAUGAGGGCAUUUGUAAAGAGAAGAGCAGACUAGUGGAGGACUUUGAGCAAAAACAAUCCAGGCUCAUAUCAGAGAAGGACAACUUCAUCUCAGAGCUAGACUCUGCCAGAAAUGCCAAAAAGUCCCUCAAUACGAAGAACAGCGAACUCCAAUCCAAACUCAACUCCAUAAACUUGGAAAAAGAAGAUCUGACAAUGAAGAACAGCCAGCUGCAAGCAUUUAACGAGACGCUAACCAAAGAGAAGGCCAAACUGUCAAGUGACAUCAGUGCCACCAUGUUGGAAAAGGCGAAGGUAGAAAAGGCCAAAGAGUGGCUUCAAAACCAGCUUGAUGUCGCUAAGAAAGAUCUGGAGAUGUUGCGCUGUGAGUGUGAAGAAGUGAAAGUAUCCAAAAACGGGUUAGCUCAAAUGUUGGAGGAGUUCAAAACAAACAGCCAAGUUACAGAUUCUGAGAGACUGCAACUACUGCAAGAGAAAGAGGACCUGCUCGCCGUUCAGAGGAAAGCUAAUCACGAAAACCAAGAGCUGCUCAAACAGAUCGAAGACUUGAAGAGUAAGGUUCAGACGUUAGCAGAUCAGCUAGCUCAGGCUAAUGACAAGUCUAAGGAGCUAGCUGAAGCUCUAGAACUAGAAAAACAGUCAUUCCAAAAGCAGCGUUCUGAAGCCGAGAUGACCGUCCAUGCGCUAAAGAAAGAGCACAUGAUCCUGGAAUCCACACUAGAACAGCAGAGAACAGACAACGAGAGGCUAGCAAGGGAGAAAGGAGAACUGGAGAGGAAGGUGUCAAAAGUGCUAGCAGAAAGAGAUGGGGAUUCAUCAGAAAGGGUAAAACUGUCCACUGAUUUAAGAGCAGCUAAAGACCAGUUGGAUAGCGUUUCCAAAACAAAUGCAGAACUUAACCAAGAGAAGUCAGAUCUAUCAGGCAAGUUGGAGGACAUUAACAGGCAAAAAGCUGAGGUUGAGGCUGUAGUGGUUGUUUUGAAACGGGAUAAAGCUGACUUUGAGAAUCAGGUGAAGAAACUAACUACAGAUAUUGACACUCUGCUUAAAGGUAAAAAGAAACUUAUUGAGGAACAUGCCUGUUUUAAACAACAACUACAAAAGACCAAUUUAGAGCUGGUUGAGAAGGUAAACAAGCUCACCGAUGACUGUCAAAACCUGCGUUCUGGGCAGAGUGACGCAAGCAAGCAGCUGCAGUCUGUACAGUCAGAGAAGCAGAGUUUACAGCAAAAAUUAGAAAGGUUCCAAUCGCAAAUCCAGGUGCUGUCCAAAUCGAAGGAGAGUCUUGAAUCACAACUCCAAACUGAAACUAGUCAGCGCAUUGAAGUCAUUGCUGUUAAAGAUGGCCUCUCCCAACAGAUCAAGGAGUUGGAGCAGAUGAUGUCCAAGCUGAGGCAAGAAAAAGAACAAGUGUAUCUGAGUCUACAAAAGAGUGACCAGGACAAGAAGGGAAAAGUGGAGGAAAUGUCCAAAUUAUUACGACGACAGGAGCAGGAGUCCUGUCAGCUGAGGACAGAGAAGGAACAACUCAAGUCUCAAAUGGAAGAGAUUAACAAACAGAUGGCUAGUCUGAGCUUCAAAGAGCAACAACAAACUUUAGCUCAAGGUAAUUUAGAACAAGACCUAACGUCUCUGCACAGCGAGCGGGCAAACUGGCUCAAAGAACGGCUAGGACUGACCACUGAGUUAGACAAGCUCCAAGGUGACUAUAAGCAAGCAGAGGCUGAUCUGAAGAGGCUCCAGCAUGACAAAGAUGAGCUGGAGAAGCAGUACCAGCAUGCUACUGCAGAGGUUGCUGCAUCAGCCAGGGAGAGGAACCAGAUAAGCACCUGCCUUGCAGCACUCACAGCUCAGAAGGAAGCCCUCCUGAAGGAGCGCGACCAAGCCCAGCAAGAGGCCACUCAGCUCGGGUUGCAGCUCUCACAUGCCCUUUCUAAGCAGCUUGAGGCCACAGAGUCUUCUGGGAAAACGUCUGAGGCUCUUAAGCAGCUGUCCAAUGAGAAGGCUUUGCUGCUCCAGGAGAAGACUCAGGCCCAGGCUCUGCUAGAGGAGCUGCGCACAUUCAAGAGCAACCUUGAGUCAGAGACGAAAACACUGAAGGAGGAGAAGGUCAUGUACCAGGAGGAUCUGAAAACCACCAAAGACCAGCUCAAAACAGAGUCUCAGAAGAGCAAGAGCCUGAGCCAGGAGCUAGAGAAGCUGAAGGAGGAGAUGUCCACACAGAGCCAGUCUCUUCAGAAUCUGCAGCAGGAACACGAGCAGCUGAACAGAGAGCUGAGCAACAGCCACCAGGGCCAGGCCCAUCUGUCCAAGCUCAAGAACGAACACUCCAAGCUCAAGCAGCAGGUGAAGGAGCUGAAGCAAAGUGAGAGCAUCCUGAAGGAGCAGUUGGACAAAGAGAAGGAUUCCCUGACUAAGAACAGUGCCUUAAUCAGUAGUAAAGAGGAGCAACUGGAGGUGCUGGGGAGACAGCUGACGGCCCUACAGGCAGAGUGUGCAUCUGCCCGAGCUCUGGAAGCCACUGUGGAGGCUUUGGAGAGGGACAAAGCCAGUCUGAAGGAACGUCUACUCAAACUGGAGAAGGAGAGAGGAGGAGGAGGAGGAGGGGGGCAGGGCUCAGGAAAUGCAGAGGUGGAUGAGCUCCAGGAGGAGAAGACGUCUCUGGAGAGCCAGAUUGACUUCCUGAACUCGGUCAUUGUGGACCUUCAGAGGAAGAACCAGGAGCUCAAGGAGAAACUGGAAAAACUGGCUACUGCAGCACUCAAUGGGAACAGCUCCAGUGAGAUGGACAACUACGAAAGUAAGGCCCAGAACACAAAGAAGAAGCCCCCUCCACGCCUCUUCUGUGACAUCUGUGACUGUUUUGACCUUCACGACACUGAAGACUGUCCCACACAGGCCCAAGAGCCUGACUCCCCUCCUCACAGCACCUACCACGGCUCAAAGGAUGAUGAGCGGCCAUACUGCGAUAUCUGCGAGGUGUUCGGCCAUGACACAGAGGCCUGCAACGAUGACCAGACCUUUUGAGGAACCUCCUAGAGCCUUCUGCACAAUCAGCACACGUUUGCACAUCAUGUCUGCUGCUUCUGGAUGGGUUUCUGUACGCUGUAAAUUGGGGCUGGAGCUCCAGAUCUUACCAUGUUGCGGUUUGGUGAUCUCUGAACCGGAGUGUCUCAUGUGUGGGUUUGUGUGACUGGAACUCACUGUGUGAUCAAUCAUUGCUGAAGUGUCUUUUCUAUCAUUAAUUUAUAAAUCUAGAGAAUGCACAGCCUGUCGAUUACGAAGAACAUUAGGUAUAAGGUGAUUGGAAGUUUGAGGGUGCUAUAGUUUAUUUUUUUAUGCUUGUAAAAGUACUUUUAAGAUAUGCUGAGCGAUGUAAGGAGCAGCCAUACUGUGCUGUUUAACAUAGACACUGUGGACACUGGAAGUGCUGCUCUACAGGAAAUCUAUAGAUCAUAUCUUUUAGCACUUCUCCACUGGCCUUUCCAAAACAGUUUUGCAAAGAAUUUAUGUAAGGAGCGUUAAUGUACUAAAAUAAAUGGAAUUUAUGUAUAAAUGUAAAA